AUGCAGCAAGAAUUCGCAGAAUACAAGAAAAGAAAUGCAGAUGAAAUGGAGGCAUUGAGAGAGGAAAAUUCUCGCCUUAGGCAGAAGAUAGAAGCAGACCAAGCAGCUGGGGAACCCUACCAACCUCGGUCAAGGGCGGAUGUCCCCCCAAAGUCAAGGGUCACUGCCCCUCCCCACUCAAGAGUUGACAUCCAUCCAACUGAAGACGAAAGCGAGUACAGGCCCACCGGGCCAACGACAGGAGGUAACUACAGCUCCUUCGCGUCGAAGAGGAAUCGCCGCCACCCCUUCAUAGAUGGGAUCACAGAAACUCCCCUACCCCAUAAAUGGAAAGCACCCACCGUGACGUAUGAUGGCACAACGGACCCAAACGAGUUUGUAUCUAUUUACACCAACCAAGUGGGGUUAUAUUCAACGGACGAUGCCGUCCUAUGUAAAUCGUUUUCAGUAGCCCUCAAAGGAUCAGCUUUAGAAUGGUUCAUGAGCCUUCCUCCCUACACCAUUGACUCCUUCACCACGCUUACCACCACCUUCACCACCCAGUUCGACACAAGUCGUCGCCACGACCUCACCACAAUUGCCCUCCUCAAUCUCAGGCAAGAGGAGGGGGAACCUCUCCGAGUUUUUAUCGACAGAUUCGGCGCCAUAGCCAUGAAAAUCAAGGACCUCACCCCCAAUCUCAUACUGAUGUACAUGAUGACCUCCCUCCGUCCGAGACCCUUCGCUAAUGAAUUAGCAAUGCGUCCCCCCAUAAGCAUGCAGGAGCUUAGGAAGAGAGCAGCCAUGUUUAUCAGAGUCGAAGACAUGAGGCGAUACCAGAGUAACGCUCAAACCCCUUUAGCACACACCAACAUCAGGAAACCCAAUAAAGAGCCCCCCCCCCCCCCCCCCCCGCAUGAACAGAACCGCCCGAUGGAGCGAAGACCCGCUAAGUUCUCCAACUACGCUCCCCUGAACGCACCCAGAUCUCGCAUACUCGAUGAAGUGCUGCAAGCCGAACUCAUCCCCCCGCCCAGAAAGUACCAAAACCCACCUAAUGCGGACCUGAGCAAAUACUGCCAUUACCAUCGCAACAACGGCCAUACGACUGAUGAAUGCGAUACCCUGCGAGACAAGAUAGAAGAACUCGUGCGAGCCGGACAUCUCAAACAUUACAUAAGAGAAACCGGGGAAAGUUCUCACAGACCUCGGUAUGAGAGGAAUGACAAUAGGCGAGUCAAGCGACGAACAGACCGAUGA